AUGAGUUGGAAUGGCAGUGUUCUGGGAUAUAGUUUACUGCGGUCAGCGGGUGAUGGCCUUCCCCCUGGCACACCUCCAACGCGUGAGUUCAAAGGCCCGUGGUUGUCGACGCAGCUCUCCUUGGCUGGAACAAUAGGCUUGUUUUCAUUUCUGGUGUUCUGCUACUGCCAAACACGUUGGCCAUUGUUAUAUGCUCCGCGGACGAAGCUCAAAGGCUUUUCGCCUCAUGAUGCUCAUGCGCAUACCUCCUUCUCUGCUUGGAUCCUGCCGACGAUCCGCACGUCAGAAUUCACAGUACUGCAGACUGUUGGGCUCGAUGCGGCUGUGCUGCUAAACUUCCUCAAAAUGUCAUUUCAACUCUUCACAGUUGCAUCUUUGCUCGCCCUGUGCAUUUUAAUGCCCAUCAAUUACCACAACAACAUUGGAUUCGAUGACGACGACGAUGAUAAAAACGGGGAUGACAAUGAUAAUCCAUCUUACGCCAGGUUAUUCCGGCUCCUCCCGAGUCCUCCGAAACAAGGGGUCCCCGGCGACGAUUGGAUUGGUCGUCUGAACGAUGCAAAUUCUAUUCAGACCCUCCAUCUUCUUUUCACAUACGUCUUCACCAUCCUCACCCUUCGCUUCAUUCACCGCGCAUACCAAAGCUUUAUUCAGUCACGUCAGAUCUUUUGUCUUCAACUUGCACAUUCCGUGCCAGCCCGAACUGUCAUGAUCACCGACCUUCCUGAGCACCUGCGGGGUGAACGCGCACUCGCCGAGUUCUUUGAGAAUAUGGAGCUUGGUGUGGAAAGCGUCAGUUUGGUGCGCGAGUAUGGUGCCCUUGGGGAGUUGAUUGGGAAACGUACAGACGCAUUACUGAGUCUGGAAGCGGCAUGGACAAAUUACGUCGGGAAUCCGAGUGCGGUAGAGGCCUACGAUCCUUCCGUAGAUAUACGGUCCGAUCCCAUCACAGGAGGAUAUCAUGGCGAGGACGUAGGAGACGAGGAAGCGCAGCGGACGCGACUCGUUGUUCCUCAUCGUCCACGCCCGACAAUCCGGUCAACAUGCUUUAGUCGUAAACGAGACGCUCUCGAGUACAUUGAGCAGCGAUUCCAGGCAGCUGACGAGGCUGUGCGACGGAAACGGCGUUCAGCCAAGCUGAAAGCUACUCCAGUGGCAUUUGUCACUUUUGAAACCAUGUCCAGCGCUCAAGUGGCCGCCCAAGCAGUCACCUUAGCCGGAAAAAUAUCCUUGGCGCCUGAGCCGCGCGACGUUGUUUGGCAGAACAUAUAUAUUCCAUCAUUCUCCUACUUCACACGGCGUGUCACGGUGUACGCUUUUGUAACUGUUCUUUUCCUUUUUUGGGUCGUUCCAGUCACGACUUUAAGUACCCUUCUUAACUACGAAGAGAUCCAAAAGGUUGCACCCUGGCUGGGAGAAAUAAUUGACAAGAGUCCCAGUAUCCAAUCCUUGGUACAAACUACAUUGCCGAGUACAGCAGUCAUUGUUCUCAAUGGACUGCUCCCAUUCUUUCUGGAAGCAACAUCCUACAUUCAGGGAGAAAGAGCACGUAGUUUGGUCGAAUACUCGUUACUAAAGAAAUACUUCCUAUUCCUCCUUAUCAACGUCGUAUUCAUCUUCCUCUUCACUACCACCUAUUUGGCCUUGAUUCAAGACCUUGCAAAUUCUCCCGCACAAGUUCCAAAGAAAAUUGCCCGAGCCCUGAGAAAGAGUGACGCUAAACGUUUCUUCGUGUCCUACGUCGUUUUCCAGGGGCUGGCUAUCAUGCCAUUACAGCUCCUCAAUCUAGGAACCAUCAUUCCCCGUGUAUUCUAUCGCAUUUUCUGGACCAGAACACCCAGAGACUUCGCCGAACUCAACGCUCCACCAAUGAUUAAUUACGGCGCCGUUUACCCCCCAGCUAUCCUAAUCUUCGUUGUCUCAUUAAUGUACAGCGUUAUUCAACCACUCAUUCUGAUCUUCGGGGCCAUUUAUUUCGGUGUUGCAUAUGUCGUUUACAAGUAUAAGCUGUUAUUUGUCUUCUAUAAACCAUAUGAGUCCAAGGGUGAAGCAUGGCCAAUAACUUUUGCCCGGCUUAUGUGGGGAAUAGUGCUUUUCCAGGUUUUCAUGAUGGGGAUCUUGACCCUAUCUAAAUCUAUAAUCCUUGCUUCACUCAUGCUUCCGCUCCUGGUUGGUACAGCGUACUGGGGAUGGCGCAUGCACCGUGAAUGUCGACCAUUUACGGAGUUCGUAGAAUUGGACAAGGUUUUUGAGGCGCAGCGGAGCGGAGCAGAUGCCAUGACUCGCACGCAAGGGGAACACAUAACUGCCUCUCACACGCACCUGAGCCGGAUGCGGUAUUCCCAAAAUGAUGAAACUUUGUACGUUGCUCCAGAGGACAGUCGUACAGACUACUCCCAGCCUCCAAUGACUAACUUCUACUAUGGAGUCCUUAACACCGGAAAACGUCGCUAUGGGCAUCCAGCUCUGGACGGUCUUUUACCACAGCCCUGGCUUCCUCUCAAGAAGGGCCAAACCCUAGCAAAUUUCAUCGACCGCGACGAUGGCGAAGCCGCAAAUGGCGCCAGCGGGAAGAAUUCGGAUAACCACACGCAGGCGGUUGUUCUGACGCUCCGUCGCCGUUACAACACUAUACGAAAAGAUGUGAGGGACAUUGCUGGUCGACUAAUCCGGAAAGACAAGCAUCCAGGCCAAGAAGAAAGACUUCCGACACCUGAAGUUGCAAUGACUGAGGCGGGUCGGGAGAGCCCGUCAGGGCCGUCGAAACCACCAUCUGUGGCUAAUUCUAACCCUUGGCAUGAUACUAUUUCGGGGUCUUCUCAUCAGACUCUACAGGCCCGGACCAGGCGCUUGAGCUUUGAUCCCGCAACUGGGAUUAUCAACCUCCCAGACGAUGACGGUGACUGGAUCGAAGGCAGUGGUUUGGGGGACAGUGACUCCGAACGUGAAGGUGGUAGUCCAAGUGGCGAAGUUGAAGGUGGCGAGUCAUCUGGGAGAACGGCCCAUCGACGCCGUUCCGUGUAUUGGCAUCAUCCCGAGAAACGCAGGGUCAGCGGAAACUUCAACCAGACAGGGCAGUGAAGCUGUCACUCCCAUGACCUCGUAUUCUUAUCGCGGUGCAGAUGUAUGUAGUCUUGCAUUCACCCCGUGAGGGUAUCUCGCCCAACAGUCGAAAAGAUCGAGUGCACUUCAGAGACUGGUGCUGCAAUGGUUUGCGUGAGAUGUAGAUUAUUUGAUAAUGAGACAAAUUAAAGGUUGUGCG